AUGACAGCCGAUACGAUGUCACCGGUGCCUCCUGACGUAGCGUCGGGAUUAAAAUUCGAAAAUUUACGAAAACAAAAAAAAUGUAUAUAUACGAUAAAGAAACAUACCUUUCGACUUUUAGGACAAACUUUCCAGGAGAAUCCUGCACAAAUACCUGUGGAAGCGACUGCAGUUCUGGGUGCCGUUGCCGGUUUCGUGGUAUUACUGCUGGCCCUCUUCCUCUACCUGUCGCGAAAGUGGUGCUUCACGCCGCCCUCCUCCACGGCGCUCUUCGGCGGAGUCUGUGUGCCCCUCUGUGAGUCCACCAACAGCUCCACAUCUCAAAUCUCGAAAAACAUAGGGAAGACAUUCUCCUAUUCGGAUCCUGAAACAAGCUCCGAUUCAGAAGAGGACGCUCUUCGACGAUUAAAUUCGCAUUCACAUCCUCCGCCGGAUACGUUAACUAUCCAAGCGGAGGAUGGACCAACAACAACCAUCGUAGAUGCUGGGACCACUUCCAGUAGCUGCACUGAGGAACACUCCCCAACGGAUCAGCAGCAGUGCGUAGUAGAAGUUGGGGCAUCUAAUAUUAUACUCGACAAUAGAGAGCAGGAGAUAGAGGUCGAGCAAAAUGAAUCGACGACCAAUGAUGUCAUCACGACGAUGGGUACGAUGGCUACCGAGGAAGUUGGUAGUCUCGAGGUCGCUUUCUUAUACGAUGCUCCAAUGCGCGAGAUGACAGUUCACGUGUUACAAGGACGAAAUUAUCCUCCCGGCAUCGGCGGCAGUCAAGUACGAUUAGUCUUGCUGCCAUCAAAAAAGCAAAGACGCAAGACUCGAGUUCGGCAAGGGACAUCGCCGCAAUACAUGGAGAGCUUUUUACUUCCUCGUGUAAAUCCAGAGGACGUAAACGCAAUGGGAGUACGGCUAAGGGUAUAUCUCUGGGGUGGCAGGAUGAUGCGUCGGGAGAGAUUGUUGGGCGAAGCCAGAGUAUCCUUUGAUCAGAUUAAUCUUCAACUGGAAACGACUCUCUGGUUGACUCUUCAACCACCGCUUUCUUCUUCGGCGCAGGAUUGGGGAACUACCAGCAGUCUAACUCGUAGCGAUUCCACGGGAUCCCAACAAUCGGUUCAGUCGUACGCCUCUACAGCUAUACCACCUUAUGGCAGUAGUAUGAAAGGUGGCAGCGUCGCCGAAAUUCUAAUCGGUUUGGCGUAUAAUGGCACGACGGGCCGCUUAUCGGUGGAAAUAAUCAAGGGCUCCCAUUUCCGCGGCGGAGGUGGAAACGAUACAAAACCACCCGACACUUAUGUAAAAUUGGCUCUUGUUGACAGCAACAACCACGAGAUGGGCCGGUCGAAGACUGGUCUAAAACGCGCCCAACCGAAUCCUCUCUAUAAGGAAACUUUUAUAUUUCAGGUCGCGUUGUUUCAAUUGGGGGACGUGACGCUCUUUCUAUCAGUGUACAAUCGUCGGCGGAGCGGAAUGGGUAGAAAGGGACGAGAGAUGAUCGGCUGGCUUUCUCUAGGUCUGAACAGCUCCGGAUCUGAGGAGCUGCAGCAUUGGAAUGAUAUGCGGACGGCAAGGCAACCGACGCAAGUACAACGCUGGCACUCGCUGUUGCGUCCUUGAGGCAUUCUCGAGUGAGUGCCUCCUUUUGGAUUUAUUCUCGACGCAGCCAUUCGAGCGCGAAACCGAUUUCACCGGUAUUUGCCGCGAAGAGAAUGGGAAACAGAUGCGUAUUUCUGAGAAGGAAUAAUUGCUCGUGGCUUAUCUCGAAAGAGAUUUCGGCUCUUUUUUCUUAUCUCACGGAGACACACACUGUGUACUGCCUGGUUGAAUAACGGAAGUCAAUAUUCCAGUCGGUCUGUCAAUCAUAAGUCAGAGCCCAAACAACGCAACUGUCCAAAUGACAUCGUAAAGAUGUUCCAAUGUUGUAUGUCUGUUAAAUAAAAUUCUUCGGACAUCUAUCAGAUAAAUACAUAAAUAUCUAAAUGGCGUCUUAAAUAACACGUACAAAAGAUGCUUUAAUUGUCACUAAAAUUUUAGACAUCUUUUAAAAGUUGUUUGGGCUUUUGUUUUGUUCGGGAUGCUGUUUGGAAUACUGUAAACUCUGAGUUACAAACUCUUGUCUAAAUGUACCAAGUACAUUUCCUUUUUGAUACGCUGAUGGGAGCAGUGCGAUUAAUCUUUAAUGUCGAGGAUUCCGGACGAUCACGUGAUAUUAUCGACACCCCGGCCCUCUCAUCGUGCCUGUCCUGUCACGUGGUAUGACGCUCUCCGACUCGACAUGUGCCUGAGCCAAUCUGGAUCGUUUAUUUUUUACUUUGUGCCUUUCACCCUCUUUAGGCCGCGUGCCACGCUAAAUGGAGAAUCGUCGUAAGAUGUAAGUGAAAUUUGAGCGGCGUCAUUUGGAAAAUACACAAAUAGUUACAUACAUCUUUUGACUUUAGUAUUGUAUUGUAAGAUACAGGAUGGUCAUGCAACACGAAAAAAACUGUCUAAUAAGUUCGAAAAUAUUCGAAAAGCGAGGAAAAUUCUCGUGGAUUUUGAGAAAAAACGAGAUUUUCUUAAUAAAUAUUUCAGGAGAAGCAAGAAGCUCCUAUAAUUUUAUAAAAUAAAAAAUUGAAAUCAGAGCCUAAAAAAAGUUACACAAGUCUUUAGAGAUUUUAGAGAUAGAAAAUUAGUAUUUCCGGUAACUUACAUCAAAUUUUUCUGAUUUAAUAAAUUUAAGAAUUUAAAAAUUCGAUGAAUUUAUAAAACGUAUGAUUUGUGUGUCCAUCCUGAAAUUGGGUAAUAUCGACACAUGAAUUAUUAUUAUAUGGUCAUAUCUAUUCUUUUUAAAAUAAUGAAGCUGAGAGACACAUCUUGAUUCCUUGCUUUUUUCUCAAGCAAUAUAUUUACUCUAGCAAAUAUUUUA